CAACGUUUGCCCUCUUUGCUUGAACGCGACUGAUGCGUCUGGUUUGUGGUUCGCAGCUAGAGGGACAAGAACCGGACCGAAUCGGACUUCGGUACCGCUACCAGGCUAAGGUCUCGAUCAGGCAUUGAGCAUCCAUCGAUGAAACUCUUGUUGACUUAUCUACGUUUGACUUCACCAAAUACAAAAGCUUAUCAUCCGGAAUCCGUGUUCUGUACAGGCAGACAAACUCUGACUCAUCUGCUGAUUCAAUGACCUCUGAGCUAACUCCAACUGAGCCACACAGUUCUCUCCCCCUCACGGAUGAAGUACCAAGUCCUCCAGAUGCGAAAGAGAGCCUAUUCUUUAGGCCUUUUGAUACUCCAUCUGCGAGUGCUUCCCUUCGUGGACAGUACCUACGGGAACGAAUGGCCAGCCAUACCCUCUCCGCCCGAGCUUCGGUUUGCAGCUCGUGUAACAGGGAGGGUACGCCAACCAGAAUUCACUCCCGAAGAAACUGAACAGAGGCCUCUCACAAUUGAGCCUCGCGGCCCUGUACAAGGCAUUCAAAGCGAAGCUGGCUUCCCGCGAGGCUGCGCGUCAACGGCGACGUGGGAGCUUGAAGAGGCCGGGCGCUACACAUCAUUCCUUGAAGCAUUUCGUGUCGAGAGCAAACAGCUACUGGUGUUAGAAGACGUCAAGUUGGAGAAAAUGAGAGAAUGGUAACCUGACAGAAGUUGCAGACGACACCAACUACAUUCAAGCCGUCUGAUGACGAAUGCGAGAUCCUCCGAUCUCUCUCUACUCAAGCAAAA